GGCGCUGCGCUUAUUGAAAAAAAAAAAAAAUGUUUUCAAUUCAAUUUCGUUUGAGACUUUACAGGUACUACUGUGUGUGAUAGUGUAGUGUGAUUUUAAAUGGAAAUGGAGGAUUUUUCAUUAUGUCGCACGUGUUUGGAACAAAGUUCUUUGCAUCCAAUAUUCGUUGACUGCAUAGAUCAAACAGAAUAUUCGAAUGCAAUUUUUGUCACCACAGGUUUGAAGGUGGCAGCUGGCGACGGCCUUCCUCAAAAGAUGUGUACGGAGUGCGUGGCAUUCCUCAACAACUGUAUGAAGUUCAGGCAGAAAUGCAGGGACUCCGAGGCAUAUUUGUUGAACUUGAAAAAGGAAUUGGAAUGGAAGAAAAGUUGCAACAGUGUGCAAGCAGAGGUGACCGAGACAAUGCUGGAUGACUCUGAUGAUGAUGAUAUACCAUUGAGACAUUUAAUUGAGAAAAACAGUGAUUGUGGCCAGUUAGAUUUGAAGACUGGCCCUCACAAGACAACGGGUAAAACUGGAAAAGAAAAAAAUAAAAAUAAAAGUGCAGUGAACAAAAAGGAAGCAAAACUGUCGCACCUGUACGAAAUAUUGGACGCGAGCGGGCGGAGGGUGCGCUGCAAGCUGUGCCUGCGAGAGCUGUCGGUGCGCAGCGUGAGCUCGCACGUGUCGCGCGCGCACCCGCACGCGGACCGCGCGCGCGUCGCGUGCGAGCUGUGCGAGCGCCGCGUCACGCGCGAGAAGCUCAAGCGUCACGUCAUGUUGGCGCACGGGGCCGACGCGGGCACCUGCGUUUACUGCAAGCGUGAGUUCGGGCGCGCGGCGCUGGUCGCGCACGCGCGCGGCUGCGAACAGAAGAGGAAGGCGCGGAAGCCCUCGGCUGCGUCCCGCCAGCUGAGCCAGUGCUCGUCGUGCCACAAGACCAUGCAGACGGCCAGUCUGCGCGCGCACCAGCGCCGGCACGCCGGCCUCGCGCCCGUCUGCGAGUACUGCGGACAGCGGCUCAGCAACAAGCUGCGGCUGCUGGAGCACCUCCGCGCCAAGCACGGGCUGGACCAGCUGCGGUGCAGUCGCUGCGACUUCCGCUGCGCAUCGCUCACCGCGCUCAGGAACCACGAGCGGCGCCACCUCGGCGUGAAGCCGUUCGUGUGCGAGCAGUGCGGCGCCGCGUUCCACGCGCGCGCGCUGCUCGCGCGGCACCGACACCGCCACCGGCGCGGCCGCGGCGUGCAGUGCCCGCUGUGCCCGGCGACGUUCAAAGCGAACAACAGUCUGCACACUCACAAGCUGAGCGUUCACGGCUCGGCUUUGUUUCGCUGCGGCCAGUGCGGCCGCGGCUACCGCGCGCGCCACUACGCCGUGCGCCACCUGCGGCAGGUCCACAGGUACACAGGCGAUUCGCCGCCGGUCACCAAAGAAACGAUGGUCCUUGAGAAGAAUAUUCAAAAUACGACUUAGUGGGAACUAAAUUUUGGAAUAUUUCUGCAAUGUUACUACGACACAGAGCGGUAUUAGCUUUUUGUGUAAACAAUUUGUAAGAAUCAUGCCACAUUGCUCAAUCGUGCUCGCCAGCACGUAACUCCAUUAAUUUCCUUAGGUUUCGACAUUGACGUGCGUUGUCGUGCGUCGAAACUAUACUGUUUAUAGUUUCGGCGUACGACAACGGCGACUGAGCAAUGAGGCAUGGCUAUAUUAAAGCUUCAUGGUGUAGACCAUAGAUCUAGAAGGGGGUUCUUCUAUACCAUGAAGCGCGCGUAUUUGGACAGUAAAUUGCAACGACAGAUCUACUAAGUGUAAAAUCUUUUUUUAUAGGUAAUCUAAGAUUUCAGUUAAGUUUAAUAAAGAUAUACAGAAAUAUAAUUAACG